GGGUUUAUGUAUUUCUCCAAAGAAGCGAUACAUAAAAAGAGAAACACAUUUUUGGCUUUCUUCCUUGACUGCCGCAGAGGAGCUGCAGAACCCUAAACAAGGAAGAAGAGGUAGCUACGGUUUCAAAUCAGACGGCAAAAAUGACGUUCAAGUAUCAUCAAUAUCAGGUUGUGGGAAGGGCAUUACCCACUGAGAAGGAGGACACUCCUAAGAUUUAUAGGAUGAAGCUUUGGGCAACUAAUGAAGUUCGUGCUAAAUCUAAGUUUUGGUACUUUUUGAGGAAGCUUAAGAAAGUGAAGAAGAGCAAUGGACAGGUUUUGGCUAUCAAUGAGAUUUAUGAGAAGAGCCCAACCAAGAUUAAGAACUAUGGUAUCUGGUUGCGUUAUCAAAGCCGAACCGGUUACCACAACAUGUACAAGGAGUACCGUGACACUACUCUCAAUGGAGGUGUAGAACAGAUGUACACUGAAAUGGCUUCCCGUCACAGAGUUAGGUCUCCAUGCAUCCAGAUCAUCAAAACUGCCACCAUCCCUGCCAAGCUUUGCAAGAGAGAGAGCACAAAGCAAUUCCACAAGAAGGACAUCAAGUUCCCAUUGGUAUUCCAGAAGGUUAGACCACCAACCAGGAGAUUGAAGACCACAUACAAGGCAACAAGACCCAACUUGUUCAAGUAAGCACUUGGUUUAGGACUUGAGAGUGCCUGAAGUAGUAGAUUAUUAGGCUAAGCUUGGUGAGCUGGUAAAAGUUUUCUUAAGAUUUAUAUAUUUUGGGGUAAAAACAUUUUUUUUGUCUGUAGAACUUUAUUUACUUAUUGUUUCUGUUUUGUUGGAGACUUGAAAUUCAGUAGAUGUUCCAGAAGUAGUCUGUCAGACUAUAUUGUUUAUUUCAUUUCUGUUUAUUUUUUCGUUCUGACA